CGAUAACUAUUCAACAAAUACGAGGUGGCUAAAUUUACCCGCUAAAUUUUGUUCUUUCCCUCCCUUCUGCCGUUGCGGUAGAAAUGGUAUUUGUUCGCUCGCGCCUAAUUCACUCCUCCCGCAGGAAUUUGUGUGGUUCGACUGGAAAAAUGGGGAUAAACUUCCCGCUUCUGUAAAGCGAGCGUCCAGACCCUCCUCAAAGUAGAACUCUUUCCACUUCAUUCGAAUCAGCUGAAAUGAUUGGCUUCAAGGGUUUAAUUUCUAUGUGCUAAAUGACCUAUUUGUUAUUCUGAAUUUGGGAAGGCGAAAUGGACGGGUCCAGUUGGGAAACAAUGGCCUUCGAGCUCAUUGCUCUUAGGGUGCUUAUGGCCCCCCUUGAAAGUUUCGAUCUUGUUGGAAUUUGCGGUUGUAUUGCUUUGUUGUGCUGAAUGUGUGUGAAAUUUAACCUUGGAAAAGGUUUUCUUUGUGUUCUUCUGUAGAGUUGCACAUGACUGUAGUGGGUAACUGUUCAGAAAGCCAACGUUGCUGCUAUAAGCUUCUACACAACCAAAUGGAGGUAAACUUUCGAUUGCGAUUCCAACUUAGUUAUUGUACAUUGUAGAACAUGGUGUUUCUUGGUUAGUUGAUGAUUGGGAGGUUCUUACUUGCAGAUACACCAUAUCAAGCAUUUCACACAUCACGAGUUGAUCCCUUGGUGAAACUUACCAUGUUCAUGAAUGUUCAAAGGUUUUCACCCGACUUGUGCAUUGUUCUGCAGAUGGGUGCUGAGAAGAGCUCCAAGAUUCUUUGCAAAGCAUUCGAACAUGAAGCCAAGGCUGCCCUCAGACUUUGUAACCUGAAUUCGGUAGCAUAGGGAUAACAGCUUGAGCCGAGAAUGGAAGAACGCUUUGGAAGGGGAAACAAUCAAUCAUUUGUUACUCCCUGGUAUGUUCUGCUGCAUUUUUCCUAACUUCUGAGAAUAACUCAUUGUUCUGGUUUGGAUUGGAUGUAUCGAGCUUGUGCUUUAGACAGAUUGCCUACUAUAUUGUUCAAAACUCGCUAAGCUUCCAUGUGGAACCAGCGGUUAAGCAUCGAAUCAAAACUGGCAUACACACAACAAGAAUCCUGAUGUACAUUGAAUCAAACUCUUUCCCAUUUUAAGGAAUAUGGUCACCUUCAGAUUGCCAAAUUAUACCACCAGAGACUGUUUUAACCAACGUGCAACCAUUUGAAAGAGGAAAAGCCUACUGUGUAGGAAAAAUUAUGGUUGACUGAUCUCCAUUUUCUAUUGCUAUGAGACAGAAGAAUUUUCAUUUGUUGGGAUGAUUAAAUCAAGGGCUUAUUAAUGAUAACCUACCAAAUGGUAUCAAUUUAAUUUGGCUAGUUAGUUGAUUGUGCUUGUUCAAAUAGGGGACCAAUUAGAUGGGUUUGACGCCUAACUUAAAUGGCUAUUAAAUCUGAAGUUUGCGACAAGCCAGUCAGUUAACAAAAAAUUAUAACAAAAUGCUAACCAAGUUGUGUGAUUUAAAAAAAAAAAAGAAGUUACUUUUUAACCUCAAUUGAUCAUGCAAAUUAGGUUCAACAUGUUACCAAAUCAUUCAAUUAGUACCCAGUACAGCAAGCAGACUCAACCCUUUCCAGUUCAAGAACUAGUUGAAUCGCGAGCUAGUGUGUGUUUUUCCCAUUUGUUGGGGGUUCGCUUCGAGGAGUUGUGGUGUGUCUGAAAGGGUUAGGUUGAACGGGUUCAUGGGAUCCUGUUCGAGCGACAUUGCUAAUCUUUUUCGAUGUGUUAAUUCAACUGAGCUAAUGUUAGACUGUUUUGUAACAAAUCACUUUGAUUGGUUAGCCUUUUGUUACGGACCUGUUGUCUACUGACCCAAGAGAGUGAUUAAUGAUGACCAAGGCAGAUACGUGCAUACACUAACUAUACUUUGCCAAUCUUCUGCCACAACAUUAACUUGGUCGAUCAUUUUCCAUAACUCAGAAAAAAUGAGCCAGCAGUUGAUUAAGAGAAGGAAACAAUUAAUCUCCUUCACUGUCACGUGGAAAACCAUUCUUCUUUACAUUUUUAAUCUCUACUUGAUUGGCUGAUCUUUCAGCAAGUCAAGAGCUUAAACUUAUCAUAUAACAGAGCUAACUCUGGAGUCUGGACCACUUUCUUUCUCUUUAGAAAUCUCCUGAUGUGAACACAAAUGUAGAACAGUUACUUCGUUGAUGAAUGUUCAAAUCAGGAAGGGCUCAACAGUAAUAAUGAAAGGACAGGGAUUGAGCAAUGGUCUUUCUGUUCAUUAAAUACUUUGAUAGAAGCCGGUCUGUAACAUGUGGCAUGAAAGAACCAGCAUGUCUAGAUUUCUCUUCUUCUCCCCCAACCCCACCACCAAACUCACACUGCAACAUAUGAAUCCUUCAUCGUUCUUUUCAUUUUCACUACCUAAGACAAAUGUCCCAAUCGCCACUUGUCAUGGAUGUAAACGCAAAUGGGACUUUUCCAGAAGUUGAAUAUUCUGGAAUAUCAGAAAUGGGGGUUUUCCAAACUAUUGAAGGGCAAGCAGAAGGAUGCUUCCUUGCUUAACCUAAACACUUUUGACAAGACAAGUUUGGUGUUUGUCAUUUCACUUGCAGAGCUGUUUCCAUUCUUCAUGUUUUUUCUGUUUCUGUUUCUGUUUCUGUUACUUGUCUUGUAUAAAAACAAAUCCCACUGGCAUAGUUGGAAGUAAUCAGCCACACAACAAACCAAAUGGCUAAAAAGCUAUCAAAUUUUGAAUCCUUACUCUUUCUACCCAUCAAAACCAUCAUCACCAAUAUAUGCUGCUGCAGACUCAAUCUCUUUAGAAAAGUAAGCCCCCUUCAGUACUCAGAUUUCUCAAAACAGCCUUCCUCCUUAAGAAACCAAGAUUCAGUUCUGAUGUUCAACAUGGAAGGAACUCUGCUAAAGUCACCUUCGAUCUUCCCUUACUUCAUGUUGGUAGCUUUCGAAGCUGGGAGUCCAUUGAGGGCACUCAUCCUUCUCCUUUUGUACCCUUUAAUCUGUUCAGUAGGGGGAGAGAUGGGGCUCAAAAUCAUGGUCUUUGUGAGCUUUGUGGGGCUUAAAGCAGGGAGCUUUAGAGUUGGAAGAAGCGUGUUGCCCAAGUUCUUCCUAGAGGAUGUUGGUCUCCAAGGGUUUGAGAUGGUGAUGAGGCAUGAGAGGAAAGUUGGGUUUACUAAUUUGCCCAGAAUCAUGGUGGAAGGCUUCAUGAAGCAUUACUUGGGGAUUGAAGCUGUUGUUGGAAGAGAGAUGGUGGUGUUUCAUGGCUACUUUUCUGGUCUGAUGGAAGAAAGGAGGCCAUUUGAGCCGAGUUUAAACAGUGAGAUCAUUGGCUUUGAUUGCUUCAACAAUUCCCUUGGCCAAAACUUCCAAUCUCCCUUCAAGGCACUUCACUUAAUCACAGAGGCAGAGAAGAGAACUUGGCAAACACUUCCAAGAUCCAAGUACCCAAAACCACUAAUCUUCCAUGAUGGAAGAUUAGCAUUUAGGCCAACUCCAUUAGCAUCCUUGACAAUGUUCAUCUGGCUUCCAUUUGGCUUCCUCCUUUUCAUCAUCAGAACCCUAAUAGGAACCUUUCUCCCUUACCAAAUCUCAAUCCCACUCCUCCAUGUCACAGGCAUGGGUGGCUUCUUCUCCAAGCCACAAUCUUUCCACCCUGACAAGUCGAAAGGAACCCUUUAUGUCUGCAACCACAGAACCUUAUUCGACCCGUGUUACAUCUCAAUGUGCACAAACAAGCCCUUGACAGCAGUUACAUACAGCUUGAGCAAGUUCUCUGAGUGGAUCGCGCCAAUUAAGACCACCCGUAUCACGAGGAAUAAAGACAAAGACAUGAUGCUGAUACAAGAACUUCUGACAAAAACUGACCUUGCAAUAUGUCCUGAAGGCACAACUUGCAGGGAGCCUUAUCUACUGAGGUUUAGUCCUAUGUUUGCUGAGGUGGCGAAGGACAUUGUUCCUGUGGCGAUCGAUAUGAAGUGCACCAUGUUCUAUGGAACGACGGCUGGUGGGUGGAAAGGGCUGGACCCUGUGUUUCAGUUGAUGAAUCCCUAUGUUUGGUGUGAACUUAAGAUUCUUGAGAAGGUGCCUCACUGUAUGGUGUGUGAAACUGGAGGCCAGUCUAGGGUUGAGGUUGCCAACUAUGUGCAGUCAGAGAUUGGUAAAGCUUUGAACUUUGAGUGCACUAGCAUGACCAGGAAGGAUAAGUACUUGUUCUUGGCAAAUAAUGAAGGGUUUGUGACAAGCUGAAAUCUUUCUCUGUUGCUUCUUGUCUUUUGUUUUGAAGCUAACUAUGUAGUUUGUAUGCACUAUUUACUAUAUACAUCUUGUUUAUUUACCUAUUCGAAAGUUCUAAUGCACUGUAGUUUUUUUAGUAUUAAUCUCGAAUCAAGAGCGAUUGACGUAUUUUUACACCACAUCCCUAUGUUAAACUUUGCAUUGUUGAGAAAAUUGAUCUUCUAUUGGACCCGGGGUUGGUCAAGGCACUGUUGCGGGACAAGCUAUAGAAGGUAUCGCUAUCUCAACAAAGACGGGAAUCGUUA